AAAAAAAAAAGAUUUGUCCACCUCUGCUGACAGCGAGCUCCCCGGGGGAGGGUAACACGCAGACGUCACGAUGAAGCUCGCCAUCUCCGCCCUCCUCGUCCUCGCCAGCCUGGCCCCGGCGCAAGCCUCGGACGUCGCGUGUCCCACGGCGACGCGGACGAUCCAGGAGAGCUCGUGCAACAAGAGCUGCGCCCUGUCGGACUGCACGCUCCAGACGACGAUGCAGAACCCGUGCGGCUGCCCGGCGACGCUGCCGACGGCGACGCUGAUCGCGCCGUGCGAGGCCGAGUGCCCUUACCAAGGGUGCGACGUCGAGUUCCACGCGGGGGCGCUCCCCUGCCCGACGACGUCGACGGUGCGGCGGACCUCGCCGGCGGCGACCCCGACGGCAACCUCGACCUCGACGCAGACGGGCGUCAUCACCAGCGUCACGACGCUCCCGCCCCGGACGACCAGCACCAGCACCAGCACCAGCACCACCAGCUCGCUGCCCUGCCCCAGGGUGACCCACACGACCAGCCCGGACGGCUGCGAGCCGAUCCGCUGCCCCGUCCCGACGUGCCGCGUCGAGUCGGACUUUGUGAUCCCCUGCGGGUGCCAGCCCAAGACGGUGCUGUUCGUGACCGGGUGUGCGACGGCGUGUCCGACGGGUUGCUUGACGAGGACGCGGACGACCAGCCUUGCUUGUUAGGUAGUAUGUACAUAUAUAGCCGAUGUUAGUUUGGUAAGAGUGGGAAGAGGAGAUCAGUUGAAUGGGAUGAAGAGCGCCUAUGUACUCCGUAACAACAGAGUUCAUUGGUCAAUUUUUGCCAUUUUUGUGCAAUCGAGUUUGCCUGUUUUGCUUCGGGUUGCCUGCGAUUCGGUCAAAUACGUC